CGGAACCGCCGUCACUCUACCUGCCAAGGAACAUAGUUACCUGUGACCGCGGCGUCCGAAGCCAACUACGCGAACCUGUCUACGUCACUCGUUCCACCAUAAUCGAGAAUUUCACAGAAUUUUCGUGGAGACGGGACGAAAAAUCCGGCGUUAGCGCCCGCCCGAAGUGACCCGCCGCCGCGCCAGGACGCCCCAUCGCGCCCCAUCGGACGUGCAGAGGCGAUCGAGAACUGGGGUAGAGUGUUAAUGUUCGGGUUACUUGUGGAAUUUUGAGGCCAUCCAUAUCGUAUACAAUGCUAGUCACUACCUCCUAACAACCCUCUAGUCGAACUGUAUCAACGAAUUGAACGAUCAAAAUGUCCGAUUCCACUCCGAUCUGCAGAUGCAGGGUCCUGUAUUUGGGCUCGAGCGUACCGCAGCAAACUAAAGACGGCCUGCAAGGCAUCCAAGAGCCUUUGCAGGAACUGUACCCCGACCAAGGGGCGACGGGAGCCAAAGGGAUCGACUCGUGGUUGAGCGUCUGGUCCAACGGCAUCCUCCUCGAAAACGUCGACGAGAAUCACAAGAAAAUCACUAGGUUUUUUCCAAUUGAAAGCUUGCACUACUGCGCGGCUGUUAGGUACGUUCUAGUCCCGGAAAAAAACACCCUCCACAGCCCGAACCCGCGAUUCCUCCCUCUAGACUCCCCCUUCGCUCGGACCCCCAACCCCGUCCAUCCGCCGCUGUUCGCCGCCAUUUUAAGAAGAACCACCGGCAUCAAGGUCUUGGAAUGCCACGUGUUCAUUUGCAAAAGAGAAGUGGCCGCCAACGCGCUGGUGAGAUGCUGUUUUCACGCUUACGCCGAUUCCUCGUACGCCAAGCAAGUGGACACUGCUGGAAGCAUCUACGGCACCCUUGCAUCAGAAAGACUCACCAGCAAGGAGAAGAUAGACGAAUGGAAGAUGAGCAGAUCCCAAUCGGGAUCAACGAUGACUCUAAACACGCUCACCAACAACCACAAUCACAGCAGCAGCAAGGACGACAUCAGUAUUUACAACGGCGACGAGAAUCACAAGGUUUGGGCCGGCUCGCAAGACAACCUGGACGGUAUCUACGACGUGUACUCGACGAGCACGAUCUCCAGGCCGUCGCGACCGCGGCAAAUAUCGCAGCCGGUGGCGGUGCCGCCGCCGCCCGUCAAGGAGAAGAAGAAGAAGAGCAAGGUGAAGAGCCUGGGCGGCUCGCGCGAAGAUCUCUACCAUCCGAUGAUGAACGGGCGGCCGGGCAGCGCCGCCGGAUCGAUGGUGAAGAUGCGUCAGAUGCCGCCCCAGAUGGGCGUGCCGCCGCCCCAGCCGGUUUACAUAAUGGCGCCGCAUCCGGGGACGUUGCCCAAUCCCAAGUAUUACAAGCCUCACGGAAAUACGUUUUCUCAUCGACCGAGGAACCAAGUUCUGAUACCCGCUCGACCGAUUCCUCCUCCUUUGGUGCCCGUCGCACCGAUGAUCAUUCCCACGACCAUGUCGAAGAGCAAGAAGAAGCACAAGCACGUCGAGGAGCCGAUUUACAUGCCCAGUAAUCGAGCUUUGAGCCCGGUAGCCAGUUAUCAACCAGUAAAUUUUCCUCACGAAGCAUAUUUGAUGCAGCAUUACGCUACGAUGGAAUCGCAGGGAAAGCAACGGAAGAAAGACAAACACUCGGAGAAGUCCAAGUUGAAUAAGAAAUUAGCUCAGAGCAUGAACGGUUUGGAUGACCCUAAUGUUAUCACCAAUGGGGACGAGAGUCCUUUCAACACCGGUAUUUACAAGAAGAAAGGACAUUUGAACGAAAGAGCUUUCUCGUAUUCGAUCCGACAGGAACACAGGAGCAGGAGUUACGGAAGUUUGGCCAAUUUGAAGUUCGCCAGUCCCAUACCCAAUGGACAUGACGAGGACCGCGAGGAUAUUAAAAAAGAACGCGAAAUAAUGCAGAUGGUGCACGAUUUGGACCUUUCCGGAGACGAAUUGGAGCGAUCGGAAGUGCCUAGGGGAAUGUACGAAGCUCGAGCAGGUCCUCAGGGGCCCGUCAUUGUGACAGCUCCCCAAGUAAACGGUAGAGGUCAUAGAAGAUAAGCUCUAACGCUCACUUUUCACCGAUUUUCCAACCAGCCAAGUGUUUAUUUUCUUAUUUAUUACGAUUGUGUGAAGUUCGAAUUGGUUUUUCUAUAUAGAAAUUUUCCAUUUUCCAGCCAUAUAUCUUGAUUUAUCCAACGAAGUACAUGAUUAUGCGUUUAUUUAGAGUAAAUGAGUUUUAGUUAAUAAAUGUUGAAAUUGAUUCUUAAAAGCGAAAUGACGUUUAAUUGUUGUAGAUAAUUAUAAUAAUUAUUUCAAUGAAAUACUGUCGAGAGUUAGAGAUAGUAAAUGGGUGUUAGGAAUAAUUAAUAAUAAAUGUGGCAAUUUUUCGCUAUCAUUAAAUGGUUAAUACCUCAAGACAAUAAGCAAAAUUUAGUUUAUACCACAUGAUAUUACCCCCUUACAUUAUUCACUUUAUUAACACUUUUUAUUUGUACGUGUACAUUUUUUAAAUUUACGGUUUGUAAAUAAGUAUUUUAACAAUCUUUGCAUAAUCGUUUUUUUAUUUUUAACUGAAAUCAAAAUUGCUCAAAUAAUCAAUUUAUUAAUUUUGUUAUACUAUGUACUUUUUACUUUAUUAAAAAAUAUUUUUGAAUACUUAGUAAUAAGAAUUUGUAAUUUUAAUAUAAUAUUUCACGGGGUUUUGCAAAAAUCUAAAGGAAUAAUGAUAAUAUUAUAAGAGGGCAAAGACUUAAAAAUUAUUCACUUUUGUUUUUGACUCCCCGUGUAAUCAUAAAAUUUUUAUACAGGAUGAGUUUGUUAAAGCCUAUUUAAAAAGUGAUAUUUGCUAAUAAUAAUUCUUUUUUAAUCGGUACUGAUCAUAAACUCACCCUGUAUCUGAGGAAAUUCUGUAGGUUUAUUCGUAAUUAUUAUUGUAGUAAAAUGUACCUAAUAAGUACUAAGUAAAAUAAGUUUUAUCGAUCACAUAAGAUUUACUCCAAUACAUUAUUGUUAUAAACUAACUUAAUUAUUAUUUUCACGUCUGUAUUCAGUAAAGUGGUCAAUUUAAAGAGUUUUAUUUAAAAAAUGCGAUAAAAUUUCAUAAUUCACUAAAUAAAAACUUUUAUGAAAUGUAACAAAUCACCGGCGAUCGAUAAUUUAAUAAUUUAUAAUUUACCAACAAAACCUUAUAAUUUAAUUUGAAUAGUGCCAUUAAAUUUACUGAAUCUGUUUUAUUGGUAUCUAAUUUUAAAUUAAGGCAUUUUCAAUGAAUUGUUUUGAUUUUCUG